AUGAGUCUCGACGCAUUUGCCAAGUUUCCAGCGAGGCUCCCCAAAGGGCUCACGUUCUUCAAGGUCGCUAUACCACAAAAUGAAAUAGAUGACAUGAUCAAGCUUCUCAAACUCUCCAAGCUCCCACCGGAAACAUACGAGACUUCUAUGGAAAGUCGCCAGUAUGGAGUAACCCGAGACUGGAUGAUAGACGCGAAAAAGAAGUGGGAGAGCUUUGACUGGCGCAAGACGGAAGACAUGAUAAACUCUUUCCCAAACUUUACAUUGGACAUCGCAGACCAAUCCGGACCACACCAAAUCCAUUUCGCAGCACUGAUCUCUCAGAAACCAGAUGCUGUGCCGGUGGUCCUCCUUCACGGAUGGCCCGGAAACUUUCUAGAAUUUCUACCAAUGUUGAAUUUGCUUCGGAAAAAAUACACACCAGAGACGCUGCCAUAUCACGUCAUUGUUCCUUCCCUUCCCGGCUAUGCAUUCUCAUCGCCGCCUCCUCUGGAUCGUGAUUUUCGCAUCGAAGAUGUAGCGCGAAUCUUCGAUAAGCUGAUGAAAGAUCUUGGAUUUGGAAACGGGUAUCUUGUUCAAGGUGGUGAUGUGGGAAGUAAAGUUGCUCGCGUCAUGGCUGCUGAGCAUGACAGUUGCAAGGGUGUUCAUGUAAACUUUUGCAUUAUGCCAGAACCGAAAGAUGUCUCGGGUGAGUUGACGAAACCAGAACAAGUAGGGUUGAAACGGACGGAAGAGUUCAUGAAAUUGGGGAGCUCGUAUGCUCUUCAGCAUGCCACCAAACCAGGGACUUUGUCUUUCGUCCUUACGAGUAAUCCAUUAUCACUUUUGGCAUGGAUUGCAGAGAAAUUCCUCGCCUGGACUGACGAAGAUCCGCCACUCAAUACUAUUCUUGAGUCUGUGACACUUUACUGGCUUACAGAAACGCUGCCGACGUCUCUUUAUCCUUACCGUCAAUUGUACACGCCAGGAAACGUAGGAGCACAUGAAGAUCCCAAAUGGCACAUUACAAAGCCUUUCGGGUUUUCUUGGUUCCCUAAAGAACUUGCUCCAAUACCAAGGAGUUGGGCGGCUACAACGGGUGAUUUGGUAUUCUAUCGCCAACAUGAUUCUGGAGGGCAUUUUGCUGCACUGGAACGACCAUCCGUCCUGCUUCAGGACAUCGAGGAAUUCGUUGCGCAAGUUUGGAAAGCUUGA